UGAGUGUCAAUAAUAGAAGCCGAUGUUUCAAAAAUAAACGGUUAAUUGUCGUUUACGCGAUUUUGAGAAAUUCAAAUUAAUGAAUAAAACAGGAGAAGGCCCGGAAAGACAAAAGGAGCCAAAACGAAAAGGGAGGCCGACCCACGAGGAGCACCUUGGAAGACAAAGGGCCAAUAGUUUCGAGUCAAUAGUCGACUCGUUUAAGAGGAAGAGGGAAGAAAAGGAAGAUAGGAUAAGAACAGAGAAGGAACUACUUGAGAAAUUCCAAAAAACAAGAGCAGCGAGCAGGUCACCCCCAACGAAAAGAAUAGAAAAAGCAGCAGAAGGGACGCAAGAGGAGAAGAAUACAGGAAACAAAGAAGAGCUAGACAUGGAUAAAAUAGAUAAAUUGACAGAGAUUAUACUAACAAUCAAGAAUGAUACAGAGGAGAUAAAGAAGGAAAACAAGGUAAUAAGACAAGAAAUACAAGACUUAAAAGAAGAAUGGAAAAAGAAACAAGAGGAAUGGAAGAAGGAAAAGGAGAUAAUAGUAAAUAGGUUGAAGGAACUGGAGACCAAAGAAGAACAACUGGAGAAGAAAAUGGCAAGAAUGAUACAACUGGAAGAGAAAGAAGAGACAAGAGAGAGAAGAGAAAGAAGGAACAAUAUCACUUUGAAAGGAGAGGAUUUAUCGAGAGAAGGCCCACCUAAGAGAAUAAUAGAACAGAUAAUGAGACAAGAACUGCAGGUAGAGGCGGACGUGGAGGAGGCAUACUGGAUAAGAAGAGAGCAACGAGGAGGAAUGUUGAUAGCGAAACUAAAAAGCUGGCAACAGAAAAGAGAAAUUUUGGCAAAGAAAAGUAAAUUGAAAGGUAAGAAACUGUACAUUGACAACGACUUAACAAAAAAGAAAAGAGAUGUACAAAAAGAAAUAGCAGAAAUCGCGAAAUUGGAGAGAGAACGAGGAAAUCAAGUGAAGAUAGGAUACAAGAAAAUAAUGGUCAAUGAAAGGACUUUCAAAUGGAAGGAAGGGGAAGGACUGAAAGAAGUUUUUUCAGAACAGGCAAGCCAUGCAAUCCAAGUAAAAUAACAACGGCCCAGUA